AUGAGAAUGCCAAUAGUAAAAUACAAAAAUGAUGGGUAAUUAUUCUAAAUUAUUUAAGAGUUGAAUUUUUGUUUUUGGGCAGUCUUAUAUGGUUUACGCAAUUUUAAAGCAUUAUGAAUAUUCUUAAAAAUGAUUAUCACACUAAGGAGUCAAAUUAUCUCUAAUUCUCUUGA